ACGUUCGUGAACGUUCAGUAAUAGUUCGUUUAUGUUCGUUCGUGUUCGUUCGUUUAUGUCCGUUCGUGUUCGGUUUUUUAUGUUUAUUUUCUAUAAGUUUUUAAUGUUUUAUUAAUUUUUUACUUUCCCCCAUAUGUAUUUCCCUCUCUCUAGCCCGCUCCCUCUUUGAUAUAACGCUCCUUCAUUCAGCCUAUCUCCAAUCGAUUAAACUCAAUAUUAUCCAUCCCUUCAAUCUUUAAAUGGUACAAUGUUUAAGAUUAACAGUGCCUUUUUUUAAUUUUCAAAAUUAAAGUUCAUUUGUGUUCGUUUGUGUUCGUUUGCGUUCGUGGUUAGUGUUCACGAACUAUUCACGAACAACCAGAAUUCCUUAAUGAACGAACACGAACACAAACUUCUGUUCAUCAUGUGUUCAUGAAUAGUUCACGAACAUCCAAAUUUCUUUAACAAACGAACACAAACAUAGCCUUGUUCGUGUUCCUUCGGUUCGUUUACAGCCCUAUCUCCACCUGCUCAAGACUCCAAUGAUCGAGCCAACUGGGAAAAGGCAGACGGGUAUGUCUUAGCCUGCUUGAAUGCAACAUUAUCUCCUUCAAUUGCUCAUAUUGCAAUAGGUACUUCUUCUGCCUCUGAACUAUGGUCUGUUAUAGAAGAAACAUUUUUUCAACAACUAUUUGCCAAACAAAUGCAAUUAAGAACACAAUUUCAAGUGUUGAAACAAAAUGACCUGUCGAUUAUUGAUUACUGUGAUAAAGCCAAACAUCUGGCAGAUUCGUUAAAAGUUGCUGGUGAUUCUAUCACUGAUUCGUCACUGGUCCUGCAAGUUUUACAUGGGAUGAAUCAUGACUUCACUCCAAUCCGACUCAAUAUUGAAAGUGGCGAUGCAUUACCAACAUUCCAUCAAGUGAGAUCAAAAUUACUGACAUAUGAGGCUCGACUAAGUCAACAAGAGACUUUCAACACACCUGUUAGUGCAAUGGCAGCCAUGACAAUGAGACCACCACAUUAGAGCAACCCAGACCGAUCCAUCAUUUGUCAAAUAUGCGAUAAAACCGGCCAUCGUGCAAAUAACUGCUACCAACUACAAGGAAACCGAGAAGGUGGCGGAGGUCGAUGGCGUGGUGGAAAUCGCUCCAAUCGUUCUCGUGGUGGUUGCAACAACAACAAUUAUUCGAGCGGGGGUCGUACGCAAUUCGUUGGCGGUGCCAAUUGGUCUCAAAAUGGCAGCACUGGAGGUGGAUCAUGGCUGAUUGCUCCUCAAUCGGCUCACGGGGCGUAUGGAAGCAACCAUGGUUUGGGUUUCGGGACAUCUGGUAUGAAUGGCUUUUCUAAUUGGGUUGGUGGUGCAAAUGGUACAAGAGGAUCCAUGGGAUUCCAAGAUCCACGUAAUACUAAUUCAUCUACCUUGGGCCAGCCCACUACUCCUAAUCAAUUUAAUACAAAUCAAAACCAAGGUAUUUUGGGCCCAAGACCAAAUGUGUCUUCUGAUGGGCUGCAGAUCAGACUACACAACAUUAUGGGCUUUGGCCAUACUAGUUCAGACUCAAUGGGAUCAAUUCCAUCUUUUGACACGCCACACUUCGGACAAUCACAUUUUAACUCAUGGGCUGCAGAUCAGACUACACAACAUUAUGGGUUCUCUGCUACUUUAUCUGACUUAUGUCAGACUGUUGAGGCAUGGAUUCCAUACUCGGGUGCUACUGCCCAUAUGACAUCAGAUGUUUCUUUGGUUCACGGUGCCGUUCCAUACACCGGUACGGAGAAUGUUAUUGUUGGCAAUGACUCUAACAGGGCAGAUCCUCCACCACAUGCAGUCUUGUCCUCACCAACUUUAUUCCUUAUCAGCUAUUGCUUCUACGUCACGAGAGAUAUGGCAUUCACAUUUAGGACAUCCGUCUGAUACUGUUAUGUCUCGUUUUUCUUUGUUACAUAUGUCGAAUAAGUCCAUGAACAAUGUCUGUAACUCGUGCCAAAUUUCUACAUCAAGUAGACUGCUUUUAUAUUUUGUUGAUUCUCAUUUGAUUGUACCUUUACACAUCGUUCACUGUGAUAUUUGGGGACCAGCUCCCACUGUUUCUAGAUCUGGAUAUCGUUACUUUAUUACAUUUAUUGAUGACUUUAGUCAUUUCACGUGGAUAUAUCCCUUAUCUCACCGCCCACAAGCCAUUGAUUCUUUCAGACAUUUUAAACCUUUUGUUGAAAAUCUCUUCUCCUACACCAUAAAAAACCUACAAUGUGAUGGUGCCCCUGAGCUUGUUCGUGGUCAUAUGGCUAAAUAUCUCUCUGAUGCUGGUAUUGCAUAUCGUAUUGCAUGUCCUUACACACCCCAACAAAACGGGGUUGCUGAGCGUAAAAAUCGCCACCUCUCUGAAACCGCACGUGCCCUCCUUUAUCAUGCUCGCUUUCCACAACGUUUCUGGUACGAUGCCUAUGCUACAGCAGCAUUUCUCAUUAAUCGGUUACCUACACCUAUUCUCCAUAAUUCCUCACCUUAUGAGAUUCUCUUUGGUACUCGACCUGAUUAUUCUCUCCUUCAUACCUUUGGGUGUCUAUGUUAUCCGUUUCUCGGUAGUACUCGUGCAGAUAAACUUUUACCCAAAUCUGUUCCAUGCUUAUUCCUUGGUUAUGCUCCAUCUCAUCGUGGUUAUCUUUUCUACGAUCCUUAUACUCGUCGUACCCUCACCUCUCGUCAUGUUAAAUUUCAUGAGACAGUUUUUGACAUCCCUACUACCAUAGCCACACCCCCGGUUCCUCCUCUAACAUCUUCAUUUACUGUUCU